AUGCACCCUGGGGCUCCUGCAGCCCCCGGAGUGUCUGAGCCCAGCCCCCGAGAACUGUGUGCCUUCGUGAGUGGGGCGGCCACCCACAUGCUGCGGGCCCUGCAGCCCCGGCACGCCAGGCCCCCCAAGAGGAGGCCCAACCACAGGAGGUUCCUCCACAACCAGAUCUGCAGACAGUUCGCCAAGAUUGAAGCUGCCACCAAGCACCUGGCCCUAUCCAUCUUGUCUCAGGAGGCACGGCCCCGGAAACCGCCACCCCGAAAGCCACCCCCACCACCUCCAUCCCCCUUUCUGGGGGUGGCCUGCGCUGUGGCCCCCACAGAGGUGCCUCAUGCUGGCCCCGGCCUAAGCCUUGCUGCCCUGAAUGCCUCUACCCUCGACCUCUUUGAUGACAUUGUGCUCACUCCAGAGUGUCCCCCAAUGCCAUCUGACCCUUCCUCGUGUCCUCUGGCUGCGGAUGCUCCCCUGCUGGCAUCGGAUCUGUCCUAUCAUGCUCUGGGACAGCCAGAGUGGAGGCAGCCGGACCUGAGGCAGGCCCCACAUUGCUAUGCUCCCCCUUCCCCUGCCCAGCAUGCCCUGGGGGAAGGAACAGAGCUGGUGGCUCCAGACUGGGGUUGGGUGGACAGGUGGGAGGUGCCUUGUGCCUGGGAUUCUCAGGGGAUUCCUGAGAGCUGGGGGAACUGCUUCCCAUGA